UCUCACUUCAUACUUCAUACUCGCCUCUUGUCUCUUGAUAUCAUGGCGUAGACUCUAUCACCGUUCAUCUGUAUUGUCUCUACUCGUCCCUGCCACCUUGUCGUUCAAUUUCUAUUGGAGCAUCACUUGUAGUUGAUUGGGACUGGUUUCCAUCGCAGUGACCUCGAUGAUGGCGCCCACUCCUCACCGACCCAACAAUUCUCAUCUUGUCCGUGAGCUCUCGCGGAGUUUGGAGAAGACUCGAGGACCGAAUCGCGCGCCUCUCGCUACCGUGUCCCCUUCAAAACUCAAUGAACGUGACCAGCCCGAACAUUUGGAAAUAUCCUCAACGACAAGCGGGAGCUUACCCACAGACAGCGAUGGCAUUAUCUAUUCGACGCGUGUAAUGGAUAAUGACACGAAUUAUCUACCCGCCUAUCACACUACUGCGAAGCGGUUCGGUCGUCAGACCUCACCUGUAUCCCAGCGGAGCACCGCCCGACAAGAAGACUAUGAUGAGGACCACAACAACAUGACAGAUGAUGGGGAUGAAUCUGUAGAGAUUGCCCGUGGUCUCAAACCUCGGAAUUCAUAUACUCCAAGCAGACUAAACCAGAACCACAUGAUGUCUCCAAAUCCCCCUUGGUCUGGAAAUGACAGAGACUUCGAAGUCACAACUCCUCCUCUAGCUGCCUCCAGGUCCGGUCCUCGUAAAGCGGAGGCUUCCGAAAAUGCACGCCGACAGGAGCGGCUGUCACGGCGCGUAUCCGCGACUCGUCCUCGGAUGACUGAGAAGGACAACAAAGCGGCAUUUCGAAAAGCCCGGACGACUUCGUAUGCCGAUGCAGAGGCUAAGGUCCAAGCUGCCCAUCCCGAGACCUCGUACAUUUCCGAUCCUCCUACUGCAACUUUAAAUGUACGAGGAUCGCGCUUCACAAGCGUGCGACCGAAACACACAAUUUCAGAUCCAUCGGUGCCUACUCGCUUCACUGCCCGUCGUGGCCUCACGACUAAAGCAGACACAGAACAUGCACCGAGGCAUGCGCCCCAAGAUGGGAGGACCGCGACCCUGACGCAAGGCCACGUGGAUUCGUUUGCUCUCCCUGACGAAGCACUUCACACGGACGUGAUCUCGGUCGAUUACCACGACGAAUCACCGCGAGUCCCAGCAACUCGCCCGUUGUUCGUACGGACCGGCGCCAUCAACUCGAAAAGCAAUCUUGGUAGGAUGAACAAGAACAGGUUGUCUGCCGCGGAGUAUCCUAGCUUGGAGGGUAUCCCACUGCCGGCUGAAGAAAGGAUGCUCAUCUCGGCCCUGGAAUCUUUGAAAGAUCGCAUCGCACUGCUCGAGCGGGAUAAAAGCGAGUUGGAGCACAGAGUGCGCCAGAAAGAUGGGGAGUUGAUCAAUAUAGAAGCUCAAAUGCAGGGGCUGAGGCGCAAUGGUCGGGACAGUGCGCUUGGAAGCGAAGACGAAAUGAACGGAAGCCCUAAAGGGUGGAAAGCUGAGAAAUUCCGAUUAGAAUCCCAAGUUCAGACUUUGCAAGGACGCGUCGACAGAGCCGAACGAGAGGCCUCGCUAGCCCGCAUCACUACGAAGCGGGUUACGGACGACCGUGAUAACAUUGCUGUGCAGCUUGACCUGUCAUACCGAGAAUGCGAAACAUUGCGUGAAGAGAACAUGAGAUUGCACGAUGAGCUCGUAGCGACCAAGGACAUGAAUGGUCAUGCUCCGCAUUCCCAUGAAUCCGACGUUCGGGUUGAUGCCGAGAACGAACGACCAACUCAUUCUCUUCACCGAAAGGAGACUACGAAACUCCACAAGGAGAACCUUGAGCUGCGUCGGAAACUAGAAGACGGGAAGGCAAAUCGAGACCAAGAGUUUAAACGCUGGCAAGGGAAGCAGCGAGACAUGGCCUCCCGGAUCGAGCGUCGGGAUGAAACGAUUAGGUCCUUGCAAGUUGAACCCGGUGCAUCUAGCAACAUCAAUACUCGCUUGAUGCAGGAGAACGACGAUCUUCGAAACGAACUACUGAAACUGCGAGCCCAACAUGCAGAGAGCAAGGAGAUGCGAAAGGCGCGUGAAGAGCGGCUGAGGCGGGAGAUGGAUGCUGCAAGACAAGCUAACGAAGAAGAAACACAGAAAUGGGGUCAAAAAGAACGACUGGUGGUUUCCGAGAUGAAGAGAAGGGAGGAGUUCAUUAAGGAGUAUCGAGAUCUCCCAGGCGGAUCCGCCCCGGCCCAACAUUCACGGACUUUAGCACCCACGAAGCGCAUGGAAGUCGAUGACAGCCACAAUGAGAUCAGCGACGCAGAGUCAACCACGGACAUCGGUCUCCUGCGCAACAAAGCGGGAUCCACGCCUUUCGCACGCAAGCGGGCAAUGAUCCUGGAGGAGACGGAGGAAGUUGACCCUGACAAUCUCACCGAGCUGAGUUCCGUGGCCCCUUCAACCGUCGCCGAAAUUCGCAGGUCCGUGGAGCAGGAUCAUAUAGCACGCCGAAAUGAACGCAUCAAUGCUAGGACCCAGGGAAGCUCGGUUACUACCCGUGCGACCUCCGAGCCCCUUGAAUCCGGGCCGUCAAAUACGCGUCUCAAAUCCGCUUUGAAAGCUGCCUCAAAUAUUGGUGUCGAACCUACUACAAGAUCCUCCUCGGGUAAUCAUGAGCGCUCCACGUCCAAGACCGAUGGAAAACGAUAUCGUUACUCCACAGGGAACACGGAUGCCAUAACAUCCGCAUUCAUUCUUCCUGAUAUCACCCUCGACUCCCGGGCCAGACCCAGCCUAAACAAAGCAUCUCAGGACAUCAUCGGUGCUCUUUCUUCCCACGACACAGCGUCAUGCCCAACAUGUCGGCGCCUCCUGAUCUCCAUCGGUAUCGGUGGCCACACCGCUAAGCAAGUCGAAAAGACCAACGUCCCCGAAGAAGGCGACAGCACCAUGCGUCCCGCCGAAGAGCCCGGCUCCGCCCUCGCCGGCGUAAUCCACGAGCUCGAAGAAGAAAUCCACCACCUCAAGUUCCUCCUCCGCGACGCAGACAUGGACUUCCUCUCCUGCGACCCCGCGUGCAAGCGACGGUUCCGCAAAAAUUCAAAAGCCCGGCAGGAUGUCAUCGCGUCGGAGAUCGAUCGGCGGAGCGACUGGGUGUAUCGUUUGUACGAUGCGCAGGAAGGCCUCGGGCGGAAUGACGGCCACGAGCAGACGGACGAGACCGAGGAGAUCAUUAGUGAGGUGCGAGAGCGGAAUGUCAAGCCGGUGGGGAAGCACGUUACGAUUGAAGAGGCGCUAGAUGAGGAUCUGGGCGAUUUCGAGCGGGACGAGUUCGAGCUCGAUGGGUUCGAUUAGAGAAAUCCGUUGCGGCUAGGCGGUUUGUUUACAGCAGGGAAAUUGGGUUGCGGUGUUAAAUCGAUGCAUUGGAAGGGCACUGGGGUGCUCACAGGAACCUUGGCUUGUUACUCAUUAUUAUGCGUUCUUGGGCAUGGAACUGCGGUUGCAUUUGUCUUUUCGUUUCCGGGAAUGGUUUGGAAUUUUCACAUUUGCUUUUGUCUUAGCCGUGUCCAUGGCGACACUGCCUACCUACCGUGUUCUCAGUGGACUUUGACUCCUCACUUCCGGUCUUUGUUGGUUGAGUUCGGGCGGAUCUUUGACUCCCGUCCUAGGUCGAGUUGGAUUUGUCCGUUGACUCCUGCAAGGGCUGGUAUCGAUUUGGGUUGAGUUGGUCUUGGCGGUUGACUGUGUCCUCCAAUUUCUAUAUGUCUUGUAAGGCUCCUCAAAAGCAUGAUACUGGAUAGAAGGCACAGCUUGUUUAGUUUAGAUGAACCAAUGAUG